CAGAACACCACAGGCUACAGCACUGCCUCAGACGACUGCACAGGAUCUGCUACUUGGUGAACUACCGGGAUUUGGAGGACGAUGGACCUGGACUCCAGUGGGACGUUGGAGGUGGCUGCACUCGGUCGGCCUUUCAGACUCGGGAUGCUGUAUGACUGCCGCAAAGACUCGCUCAUAACUGGCCUGACGUUAUGGGACCAGGAGGACCUGGUAAAUAACAUAAGUGAGAGGCCACAGUCCUACAAUGAAUUUGAUAUAGUUGCAUCUGAAUCAGUUGAAGACAAGGCUUCUUCACUACAUGUUGAUGCUUCUCUCAAAGCAAGUUUCCUGGUUGGUCUUGUUAAAGUUUCUGGAUCAGCCAAAUACCUGAAUGAUAAUAAGACUUCCAAAUAUCAGGCCAGAGUAACACUGAAAUACAAUGCAACUACAAAAUUCAAGGAACUGACAAUGAAUCAUCUUGGAAGAGGAAACGUGAAGCAUCCAUAUGUCUUUGAAAAAGGAUUAGCCACACAUGUGGUCACAGGUAUUCUUUAUGGAGCACAAGCCUUCUUUGUGUUUGAUCGACAGGUGUCGGAAAACGAAAAGCACCAAGACAUUCAGGGCAACUUGAAAUUAAUGAUCAAGAAAAUUCCCUUAAUGGAAAUUGGGGGUAAAGGUUCCCUGCAUAUGAAAGACCAAGACAAAGAAAACGUGAAGAAGUUCAGCUGUAAAUUUCAUGGAGACUUCUGUCUCAAGAAAACUCCAGUGUCCUUCCAGGAUGCUGUGGAGGUCUACCAAAGCCUGCCAAAACUUCUGGGCGACAAUGGAGAAAAUGCUGUUCCAGUAAGAGUCUGGCUCCUUCCUCUGACAACUUUAGAUUCUUCUGCUGCUAAACUUGUUCGUCAGAUCAGUAUAAGAUUAGUUCAGAAAGCACAAAGUGUCCUGGAGGAGUUUCUUGAGCUGGAAAUUAGAUGCAAUGAUGCAGUGAAAACAACCACUGCGCAGCAGGUCCCACAGAUCAGCCAAAAAAUUAAAACAUUUCAAGAGUUAUGCUCUGAAUUCAAGCAGGAAUUCCAACAAACACUGGCAAAGAAACUUCCAUUAAUCCGAGGAAGAGGAGAAGAAGAAGCUGAACUUGCAGAAAUCCUGAAGAACAGACAUUCUUCUCCUUUCAACAGCAAAAGUCUCAACGAGUGGAUGGACUGUAAGGAGAAAGAAGUGCGGAUCUUGAAGUCUUUGACAAGCAUGAUGAUCAACACUAAGAUCGUCCCAUCUCAGAGUGAUCUCGAUGAGGAGAUUUUCGGUACAAAGUAUGCAGUGUGUUUUGUCUUCACAUCAUUGGGUAAUGCUGAACCAUACCUCUCUGCUUUAGAGAACCACUUAGAAAAACACAACUCAGAAAACCCUGCAGAUCCACGAUCACAUGAUGUUGAGAAGGAACAGUGGUACCUCUCAAAAGAUGUCACAGAUACACUGAGACAUAAAGCAAAGCUCUUCAGUGAUUUUGCAGAAUCCAACACCGAGAACAAGAACAUUAAGUUCCUGACAGUGGCUUUAACAGAUGAGACACACAAAGGUUCAAGCAUCUACGUUUAUAAGGAUGGAUUUUCAGUCAGUGACAACUUUGAGCCGCCUUCAAAACCUGACAGAGUAACUGUGAGUGACGUGAACUACAACAGUGUGACUCUGAAGAUUUCUCCACCCAGAUUUGGAGUUGAAGGCAUCACCUCCUACUGUGUUGAAUACUGUGUCUGUGGAGAAGAUGGAUGGCAACAAACCACAGCACCUAAAGCUGAGGAGGCCACAGUGAGUGGUCUGAGUCCUAACACAGAGUACAUGUUCAGAUGCAGAGCAGUGACUCCAGUAGGUCUAGGGCCUGCAGCUCAAGUCAGUGAUCCCAUUAAAACCCUACCCUGCAGCCCUCCUGGAACACCUCAAACACAAUCAAACUCUACUGAGAUAUCAAUCAGCUGGGAGAAACCUGCUGAGGUCGGAGAAGAUGUCCAUAUUCUGAGCUACAUGGUGGAGUACGCUCAAAUGGAUGGAGUUGAUAAGGCAGAUCUCCAAUGGAACCAAAUGGAAUCAGGAGGUGAAAAGGUGAUCAUUUCAGGACUUCAGUCUGAGACACGAUAUGCAGUCAGAGUCCGAUGUGACUGUGGUGUCGAUGGAGGAAGUAAAGAAAGUGUCACCGUUAACGUCAGCACAAAAAAAAUUACAUCACGUCUUGCAGAUGACCUCAAACAGACAAGUGAGGAGAUGAAUUCAGACACACCUUCUGUCUGGAAACUGCCUCUGAAAGAGGAACGUACAACCAUACAUGGAUGUAGAAGAUACAGCUUUGGAGAAGAAAGCAACAGGGGAAAUCGCACUGUGAUCCUUUUUGGACAAUCUGGAUCAGGAAAGUCGACUCUCAUCAAUGCGAUGGUCAACUACAUCUUAGGUGUCAAAUGGGAAGACUCAUAUCGGUUUAAACUAGUUGAAGCAGAAAGUCAGACCUCUGAAGCCACAGUGUACAAAAUAAACCACCGUGAAGGGUUUCAGAUCCCCCACUCCCUGACUAUCAUUGACACUCCAGGGUUUGGAGACACAAGAGGCAUUGAAAGAGACAAAGAGAUCACACAGCAGUUACAGCGUCUCUUCACCCAGAAAUCUGGGGUCAGUGAAAUUGACAUUGUCUGUUUUGUCACUCACUCUGCUUUAGCUCGACUCACACCAACACAGAAACAUGUGUUUGAUUCUGUUCUCUCAAUCUUUGGCAAAGAUGUGGCAGAAAACAUCAGGAUUCUGGUGACGUUUGCAGACGGUCAGCGCCCACCAGUUCUAGAGGCGAUCAAUGCGUCAGGUUUCCCAUGUCCUAAAACUGAUGAUGGGCUGCCACCUCACUUCAAAUUCAACAACUCUGCUCUGUUUGCCUACAACCAGUCAUCUGAUGAUGAAGAAGGAGGUUUUGAUGACAUGUUUUGGAACAUGGGAUUACGAAGUAUGAAGAGGUUCUUUGCGGCAUUGAAUCAAAUAACAACCAAAAGCUUGACAAUGACAAAUGAGGUCCUCAGAGAAAGGCAGCAGCUUGAGGUUUCAGUGGAAAAUUUGCAGAUACAGGUUAGAGUUGGUCUAGCCAAACUUGAGGAGGUGAAAGAAACAGCUGAAAAGAUUAAAGAACUUGAGGCUGAGAUCGCUAGAAAUGAGAACUUUGAGUUUGAAGUCACUGUCACCCACCCUGAUAAGGAGGAUAUUUCUGGGAGUGGAAAAUACAUCACAAAUUGUCAACAGUGUCACUAUACCUGUCAUUAUCCUUGUUACAUUCAAAAUCAUUCAGACAUAAAGAACUGUCCUGCAAUGGGUCCAGAUGGAAACUGCAAAGUGUGUCCAAGGAAAUGUAUCUGGAGUGUACACUAUAACCAGAAGUACAGGUGGGUGUAUAAGGAAGUUAAAGAAAAGCGAACAGUGAAAGAGCUCAAAGAAAAGUACCUGAAAGCUAAAGAAGCAAAGUCACCUAUCCAGGCUUUAAUUUCCACAUUAAAGGACGAGUACAAACUUGUGCAAAAUCAAGUUGUGGAGCUGAUGAAAAAGUCUUCAAGAUGUUUAAACCGACUUCAAGAAAUCGCAUUGAAACCAAACCCUCAAUCUACUCCAGAGUACAUCGACAUGCUCAUUGAGUCAGAGAAAUCUGAGGGAAAACCAGGAUGGAAAAAACGAGUUCAGGCCCUGACACACAUGAGAGAAAAAGCAGAGAUGAUGGCUAAAGUAGAGAGAGGAGAAACACUUCUGCAGACUUCAGUUACAGGGACAACGGACAGCCAG